CUAAUGGCAACGCCGUAUCAGAAUCUCAAAAACUUUAUCCGUCACGGGAAACAAGCGCGGAUUCAAGAUGCCCAUUCCCAUCCUGCCCCUCCGCAGCAGCACUAUCCGCAUAUCGACCCAACAAUCGAUCCACCUGAUCAUCUUCACGCCCAGCAAGGUCAGAGGCAAGACUAUUCAGUAGCUCCCGGUGCCGAUGACAAUUGUAAUGUUGCAGCGGCAAACGCUGCCGGGGUACGCCAAAACCACCCGGUCGAUUCGGGGGUGGUGACCGGGGGCGGUCAUGGUGGUAUCUCAGCUGGUGGAAUCGGCGCCCACGGUGGAAAGACGUAUGACGAGAACUUACUCGCAAAGAUUGUGGCCGAAGAGAGGGAGAGCCGGGAGAGAUUACCAAGAUAUCCUGGCCUGGAGAGGUGGGCCUUGAAGGAGAAGAUGGGCGAUGGUGCCUUUAGCAACGUCUACAGGGCGAGAGAUACCCGGGAGGAGUACGGAGAGGUUGCCAUUAAGGUUGUACGGAAAUACGAAUUAAACACAUCACAGGUAUGAGGUUCCUCUUUUCGUCCUACAUUGCCGCUUUCCCUUGCUCUUCAUCUUUCAUUACAAGGGGGGGAUGGCUGUGGGCACCGAUUUUGGGUAAACUUUUAACCAACGUGUACCGGGGGCUACUUCGACCUAGAACGACAACCAUCUGCAUCCCGAUUUCAAAAAGGUUCCAAAGACAGUAGAGGUGGGCAAUGCCCUUCCUGCCACGCCUUCAAGCCAGCGUUUGAGAACGUAGCCUUCUUUUCCCUCGCAUUUCCUUUCUCCCCGAGUGGUGUAGCCGGUCGAUGGCUUUCCUUCACCCGGACUCGGGAUUAGGGGCCGGGUUUGAAUUGGGGGCUUUGCUAACCUUUGCCUACAGAGGUCGAACAUCUUAAAAGAAGUGCAAAUAAUGCGGGGGCUUAAUCACCCAAAUAUUGUCUCAUUGAUUUCAUUCUCGGAAUCUCGAAGUUACUAUUAUCUUGUCCUGGAACUGUGUCCCGGAGGCGAGUUAUUCCACCAGAUUGUUCGUUUGACUUAUUUCUCGGAGAAUCUUGGCAGACAUGUUAUUGUGCAAGUCGCAGAGGCUCUCAGAUAUUUGCACCAGGAAAAAGGUGUUGUGCAUAGGUAAGGAUCCUUUCGGUCAGAUUCGUCACGCACGGCGUCACUCCCCCACUUCCUGCACGACCAUCAGCCCUUGAGCCUCCAACUGACGUCAUUGUGCAUAAAUGAAGGGAUAUUAAGCCUGAAAAUCUGCUAUUCGAUCCCAUUCCGUUUAUCCCAACCAAGAACCCUAAACCACGGGGCCCGGAAGAUGAGGACAAGGCGGACGAGGGCGAGUUCUUGCCUGGCAUCGGAGCCGGUGGAAUCGGUCGGAUCAAGGUUGCCGAUUUCGGUCUUUCGAAGGUUGUAUGGGAUUCCCAAACAAUGACGCCCUGUGGAACCGUUGGAUACACCGCUCCCGAGAUCAUCAAGGAUGAGCGAUAUUCGAGGGGUGUCGACAUGUGGGCUAUGGGUUGUGUCUUGUACACUCUGCUGUGCGGAUUUCCACCAUUCUACGACGAGAGUAUCUCGGUACUCACGGAGAAGGUGGCAAAGGGUCAAUAUACAUUCCUGUCGCCCUGGUGGGACAACAUUUCCAAGUCUGCUCAAGACCUCGUAUCCCACCUAUUAACCGUUGACCCGGAGAAGCGCUACACGAUUCACGAAUUCAUGGCCCAUCCGUGGGUCCGAGGGACGGACGAAGAGACGACCGCAGCCCUGGAUGCUCCACCUCUCGCCACGCCCGCCAUUAGGAGCGCGAACAAGGCUUUCGCCCCAAUGGUCGUCGAACCGGACUUUAGCCCAGACGUGGGUGUCCCAGGAGCCGCUAAAAGAAUGGACUUUCGUUCUCCGGGCGUGGUCAGCUUGCGCGAGGUCUUCGACGUGGGAUACGCAGUGCAUAGGAUGGAGGAAGAAGGCAAGCGUCGGAAGAACUGGAAGCAGGGCUACCGUGGAGGUCCUCAGCCCCUGAACGAGGAGGACGAGUUCGACUCGGAAGACGACGAGGUGGGUGAACCUGUCAAGAUCGCGAAGGAGAGCGAUGCGGACGACGUCGCGGGAAUGGAGCAAACUCUCCGACAGACGGAUCUGAACGCGGGAAGCACGUAUGCUGGCAGCGUAGCGGCCGCGAGGGGAACGGGGGUCUCGGGAUUAGCAAAGCAGCACCAGGCCGGUGGCGGUACGGGGCAGGCGGCGGCGCCAUCGCCCGGGAGAACGAGGAAGAAGCAUGGAGGUCCCUUUGAGCUCAGCCUUGAUAACGCGACACUAUUGGGGCGGAGGAAGAGGCAGGAUCAGCCGGUGGAAGUGUGA